UGUUAUUUCACAAUCAUUAUCGCCUACAAUCUUAAUCACAUAUUACCUUAUGAAUUACAUUGCGAGAGCAAGACCUAUAUUUACUACCCGAAGAAUAGGCACCUUGACAACAGCUCUUACGAGAUCCCGCGCAAUGCAUAUCCAAUCAAUUCCCAUGUGGACGGGGGGCCACGACAACUAUGCCUACCUGCUCAUUGACGAUAAGUCCAAGGAUGCCGUUGUCGUCGAUCCCGCAAAUCCCGAAGAGGUUACGCCCAUCUUAAAGGAAGCCAUAGCGAGUGGCAAGAUCAAUCUCACGGCUAUUGUGAACACACAUCACCAUUGGGAUCACGCGGGUGGGAAUGAUCAGAUCCGGAGCGAUUUGGGCACUCCGAACCUGCCCAUUAUCGGGGGUAAGGACUGUCAGAGUGUCACCCAGACCCCCGCCAACGGCGAAGGAUUCAAGCUCGGUAGCAUUGCCGUGAAGGGCCUUUAUACCCCGUGUCACACACAAGACAGUAUCUGCUGGUUCGUGCAAGAUGGAGAUGAUAAGGCGGUCUUCACUGGCGAUACCCUAUUCCACGCCGGUUGUGGACGGUUCUUUGAAGGCACCGCGGCAGAGAUGAAUGUUGCCUUGAACAAGACAUUAGCCUCUCUCCCGGAAGAUACUAAGGUCUAUCCUGGCCACGAGUACACGAAAUCCAACAUCAAGUUCGGCAUCUCGAUAUUACAAACCGAGGCGACCGAGAAGUUACAAACAUUCGCCGAGAACAACCAAGAGACGCAAGGGAAGUUCACGAUCGGGGAUGAGAAGCUGCAUAACGUAUUCAUGCGAGUAGAGGACCCCGUGGUCCAAAAGGCUGCCGGCAAGACGGAUCCUAUUGAUGUGAUGGAUGCACUACGGACAAUGAAGAAUAACUUCAAGUGAGCCACCGAACGAAAGCAAAAUAUAGAUGAGGGAUGUGGAUAGGUUGAAAGUGCUAUACUGUCAUUAGUGCCUAAAUCGCAAUCCAAUCACUUCGAGCUCUGCCAAACAAGACCUGAUACAUGCCUAAGUAGAUAUGUCUUAGAUAUUUCUGCAUUGACUAUUGAAC